GUGACCUCCUUUUCUCUUUGUCUCGCUCUUAACGGGAGAGACUUGGAACCUAAGUGAUCCACUGUGAUAUAACAGAAGAACCAUUCACAUAAUGACUAUCAUCCACCAGAUCAUAGCAUGUACUUUAUUGCAGAUCUUCUUUUUCCCCUGUUUUCCUUGCCAGCAAGAUUGGGAAUCCACAUACGGCAAUAAAAAGAACAAUAUCUCGACGUUAGCAACGGUUGGAAUAAUAUUUCUUGGGAUGUUUGUCUCUAUUUUAAUAUUUUGUUGCUCGUUCUUCGGAUUAUUUGCAUACUAUUAUCAUAGAUUGAUUGCAGAGGAAGGCCAUGAAGUACUGCACAACGGAACAACCACUGGGGUUGAGAAAGAAAUCAUCGAGUCAUUUCCGUCUUUCCUCUAUUCAGAGGUCAAAAGGCUCAAGCUAGGAAAAGGUGGAGUGGAAUGUGCAAUUUGUCUAAAGGAGUUUGAAGAUGAAGAAACACUACGUUGGAUGCCUCCAUGUAGUCACACUUUCCAUUCUAAUUGCAUCGACGUAUGGCUCUCUUCUCAGACAACAUGUCCCGUCUGCCGUGCCAAUCUGUGUAUGAAACCCGCCGAGAGCUUUCCAUAUUUAAGCAUGGAUCUUGAAAGUGGAAAUGGGCUGAGAGGUGUUGUAGAAUCCCCGGAAGAGAUAAGCUUGACAGAUAGUAGUGUGACAUGGAACAACAUUGCAAAUGAUAGAACAACUAGAUCAAAAUCUACAGGGUCAUUUUCGAGCUCGGGCAUGGCUCAUGAGAUAUUAUACCCGAGAUCUCAUUCGACCGGACAUUCAUCCGUUCAACUAGGUAAGGAUCUAAACCGAUUCACUCUGCAGUUACCGGAGGAGGUGCAAAGACAAUUAUUUAGCUUGAAUCUGAUAACGAGAAGCCACAUGGCUUUACCUCAAGCCAUGAGUUCGAGACAGGGCUACAGGAGUGGGUGUGUUGUGAGCGAGAGAAACGGUUUCUCUCAAGGAAAACAAACACUUCGGCAAGCUCUAUCUAAGUCUCUUUCUUUCUCUUUUCAAGCAGAUCAUGUUCCGUCCACAAUUGGCAGGGACGAUCUAUUGUUAGAGACUUCCCAAGUCAAGGACAAAGAUUUAGGUGAACAGUCGUUCCAACGCCUCAUUCUAGAGAAGGUCUAAUCUGUGUAGAUAUGUGUCUUAUUUGUCGUGCUGAUGUAGUUCCUAAUUGAGCCUCUAAUUAGCGUUUGACUUUUCAUUGUCCGUUCCAAGCAUACCUACUGUUUGUGAAUAAAAUUAUAUUUUUGUUU